AUGUUUAUGUGUCUGCUAGCGACUAACAGCUGGUCGUCUAUUGCAGCGCUUGCCGCUCAGCAACCUGAGAUUGACGAGAAGAUGGUCCUCCAGCAGCAACAGCAACCUCAUCAACUUCAUUCCCAUCAACCCCAGCGAGAACAUGCCAUUACACCACCGGCUAUUGAGGAUCAUCACUUGCAUGGUUUAAACCCUACCAGUACGACGCAGGUGGUGCCCGACAUGCGUUCCACGUUAGUGUCUCCCUUGCAUGCCCACGAAAUGGCGGCAAAACUGCUUGCAAAUGGCUCGUUGUCUCCAAACACUAACGGCCUUGCACAAUACAACCCAUUCCUUCUAGCUGUUCUUCAGCCGUUUGCCCUCCAACAACUUCUGCAAGCGCAGGCUUUACAGCAACAAUACUUGCAACUACAACAGCAGGCAGUGGCUCAGCAGCAAAUGGAAGCUCAGGCUCUGUGGGCCUCGUCCAGUAUUUCUGCCAGUCCUGCGCACGCUUCGGAUAGCGAGGUGUCAGAGAUGUCCGAGCUUUCGCCACUCCCUCAGACGGAGGCGCCGAUACGUCCACAUUCGCCUCCUUUCAAAGAUCCCCACCAAUUGGCAGACAAAUCACUGUUGAGGCUGUUAAAUCUUAAUCAACUAUCGGAAAAAGAGCAAAUGGCCGUGGCCGUUUUGGCCGGAUUCGCGUCGAUGGGACGUUAA